CGCGUCCGCUGAUUACACAGUACGCCGAAAACAAUCGCAUUGUGAUAUCGUUUGCGUGCCCAAAUACUCAGUUUCCCACUUGAACCAGAAGAAUGUGCCAAACAAUGCGUUGCAUCCUGAUCGUCUGCGUGGCCCUCGCUCUUCUUGCCGCAGGCUGCAAUGUGGAGGCCUCGAACUCACGACCUCCGCGAAAGAACGAUGUCAACACCAUGGCCGAUGCCUACAAGUUCCUGCAGGAUCUGGACACCUACUACGGGGACCGAGCUCGAGUUCGGUUCGGAAAAAGAGGAGGCCUGAUGGAGAUCCUGAGGAAUCGGGAGCUGGAGAACUUCAAUCUUGGAAAAAAUUCAAACAACGGAGGAGAACUGGUCGGCGCUUUGGAUGAGGAGGAGGUGUACUAAACCCAAUCUAGGCGACCAUGGCAACGUCACUAACUCAUGAUUAUAAUUAUUAGCUUACGCCUUUUUGUUUACAUUGUUUUUCGGGGCAAUAGUUUAACGUGUUGGGAGAGAAAAAGUAGUUGCAGCUACAGAUUUAAGUAUUUACUCUAGUCUUGAUGUUGGUUGAAUAAAUGAAGUACCC